AGAAAACUUAGAAACUUUUUGAUGUUUGAGGCAGAGGAGCUGGAAACCUGAAAGUGGGUUGCCUGUAAUUCUAAAAGUUCUUCCCUCUCACUGUUGUUACCUUAUGCUGCCACAAAGUGAACCAAUCAUCGGGGAAGGGCAGAGCCUUUCUGGCAUUGCUGGCAUCCUGCCUCGAAGAGCCCCCUGUUCUGCAGGCAGAGCCUUGUAAUCUAUCUUGGUUAAUGACUUGGGCGGUCUGACCAGUCCCUCUUCCGUGCCUUGUCUGAGGUUUUUGUCCAUACCUGAUCCCAGGCAGCUUCUGUCUGGGUUGGAUCACCUUAAGUGGGAAACUGAAGCCAUUACUCUCCAAACCCUGUUUCAUCCUCCCAAGCAUGUCGGAAAGCUGGCAGCAGCCACCACAGACGCAGCCACAGCAGCCUCAGCCACCACAGCCUCAGCACCAUGCAGAACCGCCGCCGGCCCUGGCUGAGCACGCGCUGCCCCCAGGCUCAGCUGAGAACCCCCUGGGCUGUGCUGUCUAUGGCAUCCUCCUGCAGCCCGACCCGGGCCUCCAGCCCCCGCAGCACGCGCCCCUGCAGGCAGCCGGUGAGCCGGGCCCCAAGUGCGGUGUGUGCGGUCACGACCUGGCACACCUGUCCAGCCCGCAUGAGCACCAGUGCCUGGCGGGCCACGACCGCUCGUUUCAGUGCACGCAGUGCCUCAAGAUUUUCCAUCAGGCUACCGACCUGCUGGAACAUCAGUGCGUGCAGGCCGAACAGAAGCCUUUUGUCUGUGGCGUCUGCAAGAUGGGCUUCUCGCUGCUCACCUCGCUGGCACAGCACCACAGCGCACACAGCGGCACCGGUGGCCUCGUGAAAUGUUCCAUCUGCGAGAAGACCUACAAGCCCGCUGAGGCCGCUGAGCCCGCAGCCACCGCUGCGUCCGCGCUGCCCCCGGCAGCCGCGCCGCCCACCGUGGCUCCCGCCGAACAGGCCGACAAGCCCUACAGCUGCUCCAUCUGCCAGAAGCCCUUCAAGCACCUGUCGGAGCUGUCGCGGCACGAGCGAAUCCACACGGGCGAGAAGCCGUACAAGUGCACGCUGUGCGACAAGAGCUUCAGCCAGUCGUCCCACCUGGUGCACCACAAGCGCACGCACAGCUCCGAGCGGCCCUACAAGUGCGCGGUGUGCGAGAAGACCUUCAAGCACCGCUCCCACCUGGUGCGCCACAUGUACGCGCACUCGGGCGAGCACCACCUGUUCCGCUGCAACGUGUGCGAGCUGCACUUCAAGGAGUCCUCCGAGCUGCUGCAGCACCCGUGCACGCCGAGCGGGGAGCGGCCCUUCCGCUGUGGCGAGUGCCAGAAGGCCUUCAAGCGGCCGUCGGACCUGCGGCAGCACGAGCGCACGCACAGCGCGGAGCGUCCCUUCAAGUGCGAUCUGUGCCCGAUGGGCUUCAAGCAGCAGUACGCGCUCAUGCGGCACCGGCGCACACACAAGACCGAGGAGCCCUUCAAGUGCGGCCUGUGCGAGAAGGGCUUCGGGCAGCCCAGCCACCUGCUCUACCACCAGCACGUGCACACCCUCGAGACCCUCUUCAAGUGCCCCGUGUGCCAGAAGGGCUUCGACCAGUCGGCCGAGCUGCUGCGGCACAAGUGCCUGCCGGGCGCGGCCGAGCGGCCCUUCAAGUGCCCCGUGUGCAACAAGGCUUAUAAGCGGGCGUCGGCCCUGCAGAAGCACCAGCUGGCCCACUGCUCGGCAGCCGAGAAGCCUCUGCGCUGCACUCUGUGCGAGCGCCGCUUCUUCUCAUCCUCGGAGUUCGUGCAGCACCGCUGCGACCCAGCCCGCGAGAAGCCACUCAAGUGCCCGGACUGCGAGAAGCGCUUCAAGUACGCGUCAGACCUGCAGCGGCACCGGCGGGUGCACACGGGAGAGAAGCCCUACAAGUGCCCCAAUUGUGAUAAGGCCUUCAAGCAGCGGGAGCAUCUCAACAAGCACCAGGGUGUGCACGCCCGCGAGCAGCAGUUCAAGUGUGUGUGGUGCGGCGAGCGCUUCCUGGACGUGGCCCUACUGCAGGAGCACAGCGCUCAGCACAGCGCGGCGGCUGCGGCUGCGGAGGGCGCCUACCAGGUAGCCGCCUGCCUGCCCUGAGUGCGCGCCUUGGCCCCCAUCCUGUCCCCGCCCAGACUCCUCGCCUUGAGCCCUCUACCUGGCCCAUGGUCUGAGGCCCUGGGCCUUGAGUGACCCUGAGGACAGAUGGCACUGGGCAGCCAGGGGGUGGGGGUGGGGGAGUGGGGACCUGGAAGUGGGGGAGCCAGAUUGCUGGGGCUGGUCCUGAUCCCACAAACCUCUUUCCCAUUACAAGAUUCCUUUUCUUGAGAGCCAUCGGCCUCUCUUGUCUCUGGCGGCCUGGAACCAGGCUGGAAAUCAAGUGGCCUGUCUCUACCCUGCGGAGGGAUUGGUGCCAGCCCAACCUUCCCAAACUUUUCAGCCUAAUUAGAAACCAGAUAGUUUCUAGGAAGGAGGAUGGCCAUCGUAGGGCCUGGGAGAAGGGCCAGACCCCAUAGGUGGGUUGGAUGUAGGGCAUCCUCCUUCAAGUUGCUGUUUGAGGGAGAAGGCCAGCUUUGUGAUAUGGUCCUGGGGACCAGGAGGUGAGCCACAGGCCUGUCGGUCUGCUCCAGCUAGGGGUGAUGUGCCCUUCUGGUUUCUGAUCGUGAGACAUAACAGGAGGGCUGCACGUCUGUGAGCUGGGUAUGCCUGGAGAGAACUGGCCCAGCCCAAAGGGAGGAGGCAGAGAAGUUCUCCUGUGACACAUUCAGCCAGGGACAGUGCCAUCCACAGGGAAAGGAGGAAAGGCAGCUUUUGUGCUGAGGGCUAAUCCUGCUGUUCGAGAAGUGCCCCUUCCUACCUUUGCAGCAUAGUUCCAAGCUCUGGGGAAUGUGUUCUCGGCCAGACAGGACCGCUGAUGUGAAAGAAGGGGAUCGUUAGACCACCUUGGUGCCUGGGAGGAAGCAGGGCCAAGUGCAUGAUCUUACCAGUGGAUGCAGACAAGUGUCCUCCCCCUUGAAGGUGUGAACCAAAGUGUCAAGGGCAUGGCCCCAAUCAGCUUGCCUUUGCUCUGCUUCUGGGCCAAGACCAGGCCUGGGCACCGAGGGUGGGGGAGGUGAAAGGACUCUGAUCCCACAGUGCUCUCCCAGCCCGUGGGCACCCUCCCCAUCAGUCUGGCUGUUGGCCUGGACCCCAGGGGUCUUGCACUGCCAAGAUGCCCUGGACAACAUCCAGUGACUUCCAAGGCCAGAGCAUUCCCUCCUGGGGUCCCUCUAGGUCUCUGGCUGACCACCAGGGCUCAUGGAGUCAAGGGUGUCUGGGGCAAUAGGGAGCAGGCUGGGGAAGAGGGUUAAGGGAACCAGUAGGUGGCUGGAGUCGACUGAGAUCGCUGGCCAGCGAUCUCCUCCCCUCCUUGGGAAGCCCAGAGGACUUUUAUUAUCAAAAUGAUUCUUUUGAACCCGGCUGUGCCCCUGUGCUCUACCAGCCUUCCUCCUUGGGUGUGGGUCUUGAAAGACUUUAAUCAGUGCUUGCGCCAAGGGCCCAGAGGAGCAGAGAGGCCCCCUUGUCUCACUGUCACCUUGAGAAGGCUGAAGAGCCCACAUCUGCCUCUUCUAUGAGACUGGGCUCCCUUCCUGUGCCUGCGGAGAGGGGCUGGUCCUUCCCCUCGGUGCUGGCUCUCCGUCACAAUGCCUCAAAAGACAUGGAACCCAGGCCGACCAUAGGCCCAACUGCUCAUUUUCCCCCCUUUCCUUUUGCUUUCUAAAAGCAGUUGUUAUACUGUUCAUAACAUUGUAUAGUUUAAUUUCAUGUCAUUUUGGAUCUUCUAUUAAAAUGUGAAAAUUUGGAUUUUUAAAAAGAAUGACUCCAUUUUAGAUAGCCCCUUUUGAUGUUAAUAUAUAGUGAGUCCAAUGUAUGCUUUAGAAGUAAAGACAUUGACCAUCACAGACCAAAGCACUGCUUAUUCUGGUCAUUCUUCCAUUGGGGGAUGAUGGGGCAUGGAGAGGGAGAGAGAGGUGUGCAGGCCUGGGUGGUAGGCUUGGGGCUGUGACAUAAGGCUGGGUUUGAAUCCCGAGUUUUGAAUGCUCUGGUCACACAGCUUUGGGCAAGUCACUACACCUCUUUGGGACUCAGUUGCUGCAUCUGCAAAAUAGGGAGGUAACCCUUGCCUUGCUCAGUUGCUGUGAGAAUUAAAGGGCCUCACGUGUGGAGGCCCUGGUGGGCAAGCCAUGAAGGUGCUCACCAGGGCCCCAGGGAAUAGGUCUGCAGCCUCUUGGCCUCCCCAGGGGUCUAACUGCAGCUCCUGCAAAGGGAGCUGGGCUGUGAGGGACGGGCAGCUUGUGGAUGGUCAGAAGCCAGGAACCUGGCCUCAGAAGCAUGAGCGCUUGCUCAGCCCCAGGGGAGAACCAGGGCUUGCCUGGGGCAGCAGUGGCCCCAGGCAGAUGCCCUGCCCCAGAGGGUUGCCUACUCUCACCCUACUUGUACUCACCCUGUCACAUGGCCAUCUGCAUGUCCAUGUCCCCUCUCGGCCUUCCAACCCACCUUUCUUCUGUUCCCCUGCCCCAGUGUCCCAGUGGGCCAGCUGUGACUUGGCUCCUUCCAUUUCUCAAGGGCAGGGGUAGAAGGGAGAGAGGGAGAAAGCCUGCCCAGGUCUGGGCAUCUGAGAGCCGGUGGAGGGUGGCUAGCUGGGUGGCCAAACACCCUGCCCUGGAGGUGGGGGUGGUGAGGGCACAAAGUCAAGAGGACAAGGAGCUGCCCGUGCCACAGGGGGCUCAAAACUGUGUGCAGAAGUCUUAGUAGAAAGGCCAAGAGGAACCUCAGAUGUGACCCAGAACUAACACUCCCCUUGUCCCCUCUUUGUGUGCCCAUGGGAGGACCUCCCUUGAGGAGCCAUGUGGCCCUUCCUGCAGGUGUCCACCUGUCAGCAAGAGGACACCCAGGCCCCUUGUCUCUGUGCCAGGUUUGAAGCCUGGUGUCCUUUCUAGCUGAGUGACCUUAGGCAAAACCCACCCACGUUGCAGAGACUCCUGGAAAGCACUGGCAUGUGUUUGGUGCUUAAUAGCUUCAGGUUGCCCUUCCUGAAUGGAGUGGUCUUCAUGUGCCUUGGGGCAGGAGGAAACCUGGCUGGCUAUAGCUGAGCUCAUGUGGGGCCUAUGAUGACGUUCUCUUCUUCUGUCCCCACCCCCAUCUCUUCACACAAAACAGCAGGUCUCCUAAGGCUCCCACCUGGCCCUCAGCCUCAGGGCUGUGGUGACACCCUGUGUCAAAACCAGGGCAUUGAAUGGAGCUCGGGAGCCUGGAUGUAUGUCCAGGUUCAAGUCCUAGUCUUUUGAUAAAAAGUGACCCCAGGCGUUUGUUGACUGCCCCUCCUGGGGCCCCCAAUCCCCAUCUGAAACAGAGGUCUUGACUCUGAUCUCUGAGGGUCCUUGGAGAUCUGACACUCUGAUUCUGGGAAGGUGAUAGAAUCAACCUGUGUCCUCUUUUCCUCUGCCUGCCUCUCCUGGCCUCCAGCCUGCUGUCCUGCUGCCUCAGUCUGGCUUCAGUCAUAAGUGACAGAGACAGGAUAGACUGGCGUAAGCAACUGCCCACUGCAGCUGACCGCACCUCCCACCUACUUGCCCAGGAGCCCCACAGCCUCCUGUGUCCCACAGCUGAUGUAAGCCUCCCUCUUGUAGAGCAUACCGUUUUCGGGAGGGCACUCCAGACAUUGUGACUAGGGGUGUAAGCUAACACUACCUCCUUUAGUCUCUGGGCAGUCAUUCCCUUUGCCCCAACCACUGACAGGAUAGGAAGAGGGUGGUUGCUUGGGGUGAGAGGUGACACCUGGAUGACAGAGCUGAGAGGAACAAGAGGGAGAGGCCGACAUAAACCCCCCGUUUUGGAAUUAGUACCACCCCACCCCCCACCCCCUCCUGGGGACAGAUGUGCUGCACUGGUGGGGUGGGGCAGGGGUGGUGGCAUUCUCCCAGGUCCUAGAAGUCAUUGCCAGGGCAGGCUGGGCCCUCAAAGAUGACUUUCGUAGGAAGCCUGUCAUCCCAAUAGCUUUGUCACUCUCCCACUGUGUGGCUGGCUGUGGGCUUG